AUGUCAAUUACGAACGAUUUCAUCUGGGCGGCCAGUCCUUCUACCACCAGGGGCCAACCCACCCACCUCUCGUCGGAUGCCAAAGGCGAACGACUUGCUUAUGCGGCCAAUAAAUCCAUAUUCUUGCGUUCAAUCGACAACCCCGCUAUCGCGAGGCAGUACACCGAACAUAAGGCCCAGACUACAGUCGCACGGUUUUCACCGUCUGGAUUCUACGUCGCUAGCGGUGAUGCAACUGGAUUAGUUCGAGUCUGGGACUGCGUCGGCGAAGGGCAUACGAAGGGUGAAUACAGUAUUGUCAAUGGUAGGAUCAAUGAUCUCGCAUGGGAUGGGGAUUCUCAGCGUAUAAUCGCGGUUGGUGAGGGGAAACAACGAUAUGGCCACUGCAUUACUUGGGAUAGUGGAAAUACCGUCGGGGAAAUUUAUGGCCACACCCAACAGAUCAACUCCGUUUCGAUCAGGCAACAACGACCUCUGCGAGCUGCUGCUGCUGGUGAUGACAAGAAUUUAGUCUUCUACCAUGGAGCGCCUUUCAAGUUCAACACGGGUAUCCGUGACAAACACACUAAUUAUAUUUAUGGCGUCGGCUUCAGUCCAGAUGGCUCAGCGUUGGUUAGCGUUGGUGCUGACCGGAAGAUCUGGCUUUAUGAUGGCAAGACGGGCGAGGCAAGGGGCCAGAUUGGGGAAGGUGAGCAUAAGGGUAGUAUUUUCAGUGUUUCAUGGUCCAAGGACUCUCGGAAGUUCGUAACUGCGAGUGCCGACAAGACCGUCAAGGUAUGGGAUGUGGAAGCCGGUAAAGUUUCACAAACAUGGAACAUUGGAGGGGAGGGAAGUACAGAUAUCAAAGACCAGCAGGUCGGCGUGGUUUGGCCCCCCGGCAGAAGUGACAAUCUGCUUAUCAGUUUGUCACUGGGUGGCAAUCUGAAUUAUCUCGCUGAAGGUACUCCUGAGCCUAGACAAGUCAUCCAAGGCCACCAGAAAAACAUUACGUCCUUGACACAGUCCCACUCAAGUAGCGACAAUGGCACACUGUGGACUGGCAGUUUUGACGGCAGAGUCUGCAGCUGGGACGUGCCCACUGGAACUGCGGAGGAGGUGGACGGCGAAAGUCACUCGACGUAUAUCGCAGGCCUUGCGCCGACAGAGGAAGGCAAUGGUAGAAUCUACAGCGUGGCCUGGGAUGAUACCAUUAGAUCUGUGGACGUUGGGGCUAAAACGUAUAACGGAAGCUCUUCCAAGCUAUCUGGACAGCCUAAGGGUAUCGCUGCAGCUGUAGCGGUAUUGGUAGGGACCUCGGAGAGUGUUGAUAUUUACAAAGACGGCCAGAAGAUUGGCGACUUCAAGUCAAAGUUUACCAUAACUACUGUGGCAGCACAUGGAAGCACUGCAGCCAUCGGCAGCGAUGAUUCAACUGUUCAAAUUUGCGAAAUCUCGGGCGCUACUUUGAUUCCCAAGACGGAUAUUAAAGCUUCUCGGAAUCCCGUGUCCGCAUUGGCUUUCUCGCCGAACGGUUCCCUGCUGGCUGUUGGCGAUUCGCGUGGUCGCGUUCUUGUUUACAACGUCGCCGAUGCCAGUCUAGUCACAGACCGUUGGACGGCACAUACUUCGCGGAUCACUUCCAUUGCAUGGAACGAAGACGGUACUCACGUUGUGAGCGGAGCAUUGGACACCAAUAUAUUCGUGUGGAACCUGGCCAAUCCUGGAGAGUGGCUUCAAGUUACUAAUGCUCACAAAGAAGGUGUCAACGGUGUAGCCUGGGUGUCGGGGUCGAAGGUUGCAUCGGCUGGUGCGGAUGCAGCACUGCGGCAGGCGACGUUUGUCCUACCUAAAACCGGUCAACGCUUGAGAGGUCUGGUUACUCUACGAAACCCUCAUCCCGAAUUGAAUGGCGACGAUGACGAAGAACGCCGCGGGCUACUCUCCGGACAAUAUUCCGUGGGCCGGGAAGGGAUACCUUUACGCUUAUGGAGAAAGGUGCGAAAAACAGAACUUUGGAUACAUCGAAUUAUUUCUACUGAGCUAGGAAUCGGUGUCCUGAAAUGCAGCCUAGCCUACUUAUUGGGAUCGCUUGCAACUUUCGUGCCAGCGAUCGCUUCGUGGCUAGGCCAUCAAGAUGGCAAGCAUGUUGUGGCCACCGUUACAGUCUACUUCCACCCAGCAAGGUCUCAAGGGAGCAUGUACAAGGCAUCAAUUUGUGCCUUUCUAGCGUUUCUCUACGCUGCUUUCAUCUCUUUGACAAGCAUGUGUGUCUCUAGGUUCUUUCAGGACACCCUUGACUUACUCCCACUGGGCCAUGCUGUAGUCCUCAUAGUCUUCUGUGGAGGUGGUUUAGGAUUUAUUGGAUGGACAAAACAAAGACUGGGCGACCCCCUUGUGAACGUCGCCUGUUCCCUUGCUUCGCUGUCGUCCAUUACCGUCUUGACAAAAGAAGGCUCAGUACAGAAUGGGAAUUUGUCGUUCGCUAAAAUUUUUCAGGUUUUGAAAAUGGUCGUGAUGGGUGUAGCUGCGGCCAUGGCUGUGUCAUUUAUGAUAUUUCCAAUAUCUGCACGGAAAAAGCUACGGUCAAACCUCACCACUGUCACCGAGACGCUAGCAACGAUGCUAGCCUUGAUUACCGAGAGCUUCCUCACUGGAUCUGAAGAGGAGCUUCAGACUGAAGAGUACCUGAGUGCAGCUGCGCGCCAUAAGCAAGCAUACAGUCAGCUUGACAGACUAGUAAGAGAAGCGAAAUUGGAGCAUUUCGUUGCAGGUACAGAGAGACAGUACAGGCUGGAGAAAAAACUUGUACGCUGGGUACAAGAUAUCACUCAUAACAUGGGCGGCUUGCGCAGUGCGGCUCUCCUGCAGUUUCAGCUGCUAAAGCAAACCAAACUUGCCAUGCCAAUGCAGUACAAUAGCGAAGCAGAAAUUAUAAAUGGGGUUCAUCGAGAAUCUUUACCUAGUCCAUGGUCAGUACAUGAGGAGCGACCAAUUUUGGAGCCGAUCAAUGAGAGGCCGGAAGAAGAGGUCUCGGAUUCAGGAAGAGACAGGCUGAAUUCAAGUCCGGAAAGAGAGAUUUCUGAUUCAGAAACUGAUCACGUUCUUCUUCCCGCGGAUAUCUUCGCACUAUUUAUCGGCCAUUUAGGGCCUUCGAUGCGAUCGCUUGCAUUCACUUUAAAAGAAAUCUUCAAGGAGAUUCCUUUCAAACCUGCACCGGAUUACAGAGUCGCAAUCAAUAGUAGGUUCCGCACCAGUCUUGACCGGGCACUUGAUCUCUAUCGAGGAUCCCGAGAAGAGGCGUUGAAGACUAUAUAUCGACAGAAGGAUGUCUUAAACAUCCAGACCUUGGAAGUUGAAGCGGAUCUUGAGGAAGUUGCUGCCAGCUGCGGUCAUUUUAGUUUUUCGCUUCUGGAAUUCGGUGAACAGCUAAAGGAGCUGCUAGCAAUCCUUGAUGAGUUGCAACUUGAAGCUGAGGAGAGGCCCAGUGGUAGAUCCUGGAACUGGCUGAAGUUUUGGUGUCGACGAAAUGCUUGGGUAAGAGCAAAGGAUACCGAGCGGUCAUUGGUUGAAGCAGGUUUCGUACAAGGUGGUGUUGAGCCUCACUUGGUGGUCGACAACGCUGAGCCACACAGUAAAACAUCGUUAUCAUCCCUCCUUCCGGGAAACGUGUCGGGGAAAAAAAGCUUCGGUUAUCGUAUCUGGAAGUCACUCAAGAUCUUUCGACGGGAUGAUACCAAGUUUGCUAUCAAAGUAGGUACAGGUGCAGCACUCUAUGCUUUGCCAUCAUUUCUCCCGUCCACAAGACCGUUUUACUCUCAUUGGAGAGGCGAGUGGGGUCUUUUGUCGUACAUGCUAGUUUGUUCGAUGACCAUCGGUGCUUCAAACACCACUGGCUAUGCCCGGUUUUUGGGUACCUGCUUAGGGGCACUCUGCGCCGUCAUUUCGUGGUUCGUGACUGGAGGGAACGUUUUUGGCCUCGCAUCUCUGGGGCUAUUUAUGGCUACGUGGACGUCAUAUCUCAUAAUAGUCAAAGGGCAAGGUCCGAUGGGCCGCUUCAUCAUGCUUACAUACAACCUCUCGGUUUUGUACGCGUACUCCCUCAGCCAGAAGGAAGGUAACGAUGACCAGGACGAAGGGGGCGAAAGUCCGAUUAUAACUGAGAUUGCUCUUCAUCGUGUUGCAGCUGUUCUGUCUGGCUGCAUCUGGGGUAUUAUCAUCACACGAGUGAUUUGGCCUAUCAGCGCGAGGAAGAGAUUGAAAGAUGGUCUAAGCCUCUUAUGGCUUCGAAUGAGUCUACUCUGGAAACGCGGCCCGCUGUCUACCAUGACUAGCAACACAGAUAACUCGGUUUUCAUGAGCCCAAGAGAGAAAUUGGAGAUUGAACGAUUCCUUUCGCGCUUGGAAUCUCUUCAGGCGUCCGCCCGCUCCGAGUUUGAGCUGAAAAGCCCAUUCCCUGAUUUGGCAUACAGUAACAUUCUCCGCCGCACAAGGAGUAUGGUAGACGCUUUUCUUGCGAUCAAUAUUGAGCUUGAUAAAAAUAUGACAGCAUCUGAAGGCGAGCUUAGUAUUCUCCAAUAUACUGACAAGGAAAGGCAGCAAUUGUCGUCGCGCAUCAGCCAUCUAUUGUCAGUAAUGGCCUCGUCUAUGAAACUCGAGUACCCGCUGAGCGACGUCCUUCCUAGCAUUGAGCAUGCCCGAGACCGGCUUCUUGCCCGCCUUUUCCGCUAUCGCAAGGAUCAUGAAGCAUCACGCUUGUCUACGGAUGAGGACUAUGCCUUAUUGUAUGCUUACAUUUUAGUCACUGGUCAAUUGUCGACAGAGAUCGAGGGAAUCAUGGCGGAAAUCAGCUGCUUGUUUGGAGUACUCGACGAAGACAUUUUCUCCCCGCCAUCCCGGCUUCGCGCAGCCCGUCGCGCUUCUGCGAGCCUCACAACCAUGCAGAUCGAUCCGGCCGCUCUGAGUCGGACUGAGUCUACAUCGACCGCAAUAACCCCCUCAAAAAAUGCGACCCCUAGCACCUCGACGACUUCGAAGUCUACUAAAGCCCUGAUAUCUGUCCCGCGACUGGAUCUUGAACCUAUCUAUACAGAACUGAAAGCCGCUAUCGGCGACAGCUGGCCCGAGUACAAGGAGACCACUACUCUCUUCCUUCUAGGACAAUUAAACCAGAAUGAACUCUCGUCUCGCGUUGAUCAUAUAAUUUGCGCCGAUCAGAAAACUGAACACCUCCAUAAUAACUUCAUAUGCGCAAUUAUUGGGAACCUCACAAGGGACCUUCCUGAUCAUGGAGUUGCAAGUUGGGUGUCGGCGAACGACAAACCGUCGGUGGUCUCGAAGCCGACAUCAGGGGAUGCAGCGGAGCAGAGGCUAAAGACAGAGGUCAUGCAGCUUCCUCCUAGAGAUCGUCGGCGAAUAAAAGCAAUUCCUGAGCAUGACCGCGUUGAAACUACACCGAACGAGUUAGAGGAAUAUCAUCUGGCGAAACAAAUAAAGCUGCCCAGCCAAGUACCGGCAAGUGCAGGCGGCCUGAAUAAAACAAAUUGGGAGUUGGAGAUUCGAAAACGCUAUGCACAACCUCUGGCAUCAGAGACUGGUGAAUUCCCAGAUGCGGAAUCCAUUCAUGCUCGCAUGAUCCCUAUAUGCUACGAAGAGUCAAUUGUUAGUGGCGCAGGGCUACCCUGCGCUGAGUUUAUGGCCAUUGCAACAGAAACUUUUGUGAAGGAAGUUUUAUCUGUCGUAUUCUCACGGACGAGGUCUAACGGACCAUCUGGCACCAUCAAUGGUAUGAUGAUGCGCAAGUAUCGCCAGCAGCUCGAACGGGAAGAAUUAGCUUUUACACGCGGGGAGAUUGUGAAAGAUGGUGCGACAGGCUUGCUACCGGUCGAAGCUAAAGAAGCAAGCGUUAGAAAGCCCCUCGGAGUCAGAGACCUCCGUUUGGCUCUAGAGCUUGGUGGGGGAGUUCUCAGUCAUAUGCCACUCAUUGUGGAUCAAAUAAUGGGCGGCUACCUUGAGGAUGAGCUUGAAACAGACAAGCAAGAUCGAGCUGACGAUGUGGCGGAGAUUCCCAAGGAUAGUAUGAAGUUGAAUCAUUCGACGGAGACAAUGGAGGUUGAUGAUGAUGGGGAUAUUGUGUGGGAAGGUGCCACGAUGGCAGACCGAGAACAGCUGGGGUCUUUAUUGGACGAGUGCUUGUCCAUGGCCUCUUGA